GUCCACGUCCCCACCGCGGAACCGGCGGCGCAGCGGGAGCGGCGCCUGGACUCGCAGAUAGCUGGGCGGCAGGCCCCCAGCAGCACCAAGGCGCCCCAGUCGGCAGGGGUGGCGGCGCCCUCGCCGGAGCUGGCAGCCCUGCGGGAGGCCAACCUCGACGCCCUCCUGGCCGGCGAGCCCGCGAGCCCGCGCCCGGCGCAGAGCGGCGACGAGGCCUCAGCGGCGGCUGCGCGGGCGCGGGAGGCGGCGUCGCCCACGCGCCCGGUGGCCUCCACGCACGCGGUCUUCCUGAGGGCGGUGGGCAUGCUGGGCGCGGCGGCAG